GCGCCAAGGGCCACAGCAUGAGCUCGUGCGAGGAGAGCGGGCCUGGCAGGGGCACCGAACCUGCUGGACUCUCCACACAGGUGCCCCAGGCCGGCUCCGACGAGGCCGAGUGGGAUGCCCUGGACGAGGUCGUUGGCCAGCUUGUCGAGGACAUGGAGAGCGAGGCUGAGGCCGAGGCUGAGGCUGAGGCUGAAGUCGAGGCUGAGGCUGAAGUCGAGGCUGAGGCUGAAGUCGAGGCUGAGGCUGAAGUCGAGGCUGAGGCUGAAGUCGAGGCCGAGGCCGAGGCCGAGGUCGAGGCUGAGGCCGAGGCUGAGGCUGAGGCCGAGGUCGAGGCUGAGGCCGAGGUCGAGGCUGAGGCUGAGGUGGCAGUGGCAGAGGCCGAGGUCGAGGCUGAGGCUGAGGUCGAGGUCGAGGAUGAGGCGGAGGUGGCAGUGGCAGAGUCCGAGGUGGAACCGGAAGCAGAGGCCGUAACAGAGGCCGGAACAGAGGCCGAAACAGGGGCCGAGGCCGACCCAGAUGCCGAACACAUUGCUGGAAACCAGGCUGAUGAUGAGAUUUCGGCUGACGCUGAGGCCGAUCCCUCUACCAAGGCCACUGCUGAAGUCGAGGUAGGAGACUCGCCCGACGCAGAUGCACCACAGGGUGCCGCAGCUGCAAACGGCUCCGAGUCGGACGAUGAUGAAGAUGAUGACGGCGAGGCGUCGGCGUCGGCGUCGGCGUCGGCGCCGGCUGCAGUGGCCACAGCAGACAAUGGCGGCGACGGCUCGGGCCUCGAGGUCAUCCGCGAGGGCCAGCUGAUCAAGAAGGGCGCCAAGUGGAAGAACUGGCGCAAGCGGUGGUUUGUGCUCAACUCACGGACGCUACGGUACUUUGCCGACUCGGGCGCAAGCAAGCUCAAGGGCACUAUCCUCGUUUCGGAUAUCAUGUACGUCGAGCUCAACACCGAGGAGCGGAAGGAGACUUGCGUCGAGGUCGGCACGCCCGAACGCACCUAUCUCAUGUACUCGAAGGACCGCUCCGAGCUCGAGGCGUGGCGCGAGGCCCUGUCGGGCGUAUGCCACGUCCCGGCCUUUCCGGACGACCCCGUCGAGUGCUACCGCAUCUGGCGCCGCGCGUUGGAGGAGGACGACAAGGCCACCUUUUACCGCUACAAGGCCUCGGGCCAGAACACAAAGUAUCUGUUCCAGACCCUGCAUGCCCUCGGCAUCCCGGCCUUGGCCGAAAUGGUCUUCCCGCCGCAGGACGUCGUCGUCUCGGGCGCCCGCUGCGCCAUCACCAUCGUUGACAAGCGCCUCAACAUCCCCGGCACCGUGUACAUGGUCCUCUCCCCAGGCCGCGGCUGGACAUCCGCCUCGGAGGACUGGAACUCGGUCAUUGCUGCCUUUCGCGAGGCCGGCCUCCAUCGUAACGCCGCAACCGUGGCCGCACCCGAGUAA